AUGUCAGCGCGAGGCCUGGGCUCCACAUCGCCCGACCCGGGCGCGUCAUCUCACGACCAACACCCACUGAUGGAUCUCGUAGAUGGAGAAGAAGCGCGCGGGAGGAGUCAUCCGGAGGGUGCUGCGGCGGAUUUGAUGAGGAGACUUGGUGUUUCGCCUGAGAGGAGGAUUAAAGUCACGCCUGAGGAUGAUGCGCGCGUGUUGAGAAGGAUUGAUAUGGUUCUUUUGCCACUUAUGCUGGCUGUUUAUUUCCUCCAAGGUCUUGACAAAGCGACCAUCGCGUAUGCAUCCAUCUUCGGCCUCAUUGAAGACACGAACUUGAAGGGCAAUCAAUUCUCAUGGCUCAGCUCAAUAGUCUACGUCGCCCAGCUCAUCGCGCAAUUUCCGCUAGCAUGGCUUCUAGUGAAGCUACCCAUCGGAAAAUUCACAAGCUGCAUGGUCACCCUCUGGGGACUUACCCUCACCUUCAUGGCGGCAGCACAUACCUUUCAUAGUCUGCUCUUUGCGCGUUUCUGGCUGGGUGCUUUUGAGGCCAGUAUUGCACCGAGUUUUGUGGCUAUUACGCAAAUGUUCUGGAGGAGGAGAGAGCAGCCGCUUAGAAUGUCGUAUUGGUAUGCUAUGAAUGGAUUCACUGGCGUGUUUGGAAGUUUGGCCACUUGGUGGCUUGCGCAGCUGCCGUUUGGACUGAAACCAUACCAGACUAUCUUUGUCGCCUUUGGAAUCAUCACCGUCUGCUUCUCCACCGUUCUAUUCUCAUACAUGCCCGACUCUCCCGCAGAGGCAAAAUUCCUAGACAAGCACGAUAAACUCAUCGCCAUUGAACGGCUGAGAAUGAACCAGACUGGCGUCAUGUCGCGGCAAUGGCGAUGGGACCAUUUCUGGGAGACCAUGAGAGAUUUGAAGACUUGGCUCUGGUUCUCUCUCAUCUUCAGUAUUUCAGUACCAUCUGGUGGUGUCGGUUCUUUCGGCCCUCUUCUCAUCAAAUCUUUUGGUUUUGAUUCUUUCCAAGCCAUCCUCUUCAAUGCCCCAUUUGGUGUUGUCCAGUUCAUCUCUACAGUUGGAGGUUCUUACGUCGCGACCAAGUAUCAUAAGAAAGGCCCAGUCAUUGCCUUCCUGGCUAUGUUUCCAAUCGUUGGUUGCAUGAUCAUGCUCUCAACGCCGCAUACACCUGAUGGCAGAAAUACUCUGCUCGGCGGAUACUACAUGAUCUCUGUCUUCCCAGGAAUAAUUCCUCUGAUCUACUCAUGGUCUUCAUCGAAUACUGCCGGCGACACCAAAGGCAAAUGCAACUCAUCAGUCCUCUUUAUCGGCCAAUCUCUUGGAAACAUCAUUGGCCCUCUUCUCUACAAACCAUCAGAGGCGCCCGAAUAUCACCGAGGCUUAUACUGGAAUCUUCUUCUCUACAUUGCAAUCAUAGGUCUUGUUGUCAUUACGACUAUGUAUCUGACCUACCUCAAUCGCGACCAUAGCCGCCGUCGCGUCAUGGCCGGCAAGGAUGCAGUGAUUGUGGACUACAACUUGUACUCACCCGAAGAAGCUGAUCGUCUUCGAAGGUCCAAAGCGACCGAGGGACAGAACAUUGAAAAUGCGAGGGAUGCGACGGUUGGAGAUCAUGCGUUUGACGACAUGACGGAUUUGGUCAACGACGAAUUUGUGUUUGUAUUUUAA